AAAUCGAUAGCGAACAUCUGAACCAUGUCAAACCCCUCAAAACCCCAUCAAAAGUGAAGAAAUAAUCUUUUACAAAAUAUAAGCCGCAUCUUACCUGUACAUCAAACGAAUCGCUGGAAAUACAUUCGUUGUUUUGAUACCCACCGAAGAUUGUAAUUGAAGUACAAUUAGUGUAAUAUAUCCUGCUAAAGUUAAUUAGAAUAGAUCGGUUUAUUAAGUAAUCAAGGGUAGGAAAGCAUGGUGCUCAUUAAAGAAUAUCGAAUAUGCAUGCCACUGACCGUGGAGGAAUAUAAAAUUGGUCAGCUCUAUAUGAUAGCGCGCCACAGCCUCGAGCAAUCGGAUGAUGGAGAAGGAGUGGAGGUGAUUGAAAAUAAGGAAUGUUUUGAUCCCGAACACGGCAAAGGGCAGUACACCGAGAAACGGAUACACUUGUCCAGCCGUCUCCCAUACUGGCUGCAGGCUGUUUGCCCUAAGGUAUUUUAUGUUAUUGAGAAGGGCUGGAACUACUAUCCGUACACGGUGACAGAAUAUACAUGCUCGUUUAUACCAAAAUUACAUAUUCGUAUCCUGACGCGGUUUGAAGACAAUGCUGGCACUUCGGAAAACUGCUUGAAUCUGCCAGAAGAAACUUUGGCAAAUCGGAUAGUUGAUCAUGUAGACAUUGCGUUUGAAGAGCCAUCUGAAAAGCACUACAAAAAAGAGGAGGAUCCCAAAUUCUUCAAAUCCCGCAUCACCGGACGCGGACCGCUCGUAGAGGGCUGGCGUCAAACUGAUGAGCCCAUGAUGUGUUCCUACAAAUUGGUGGAAGCUUCCUUCGAAGUUUGGGGACUCCAGACAAGGGUUGAGGACUUCAUUCAAAAGUGUAUCCGGGACGUACUUCUACUGGGGCACAGACAAGCGUUCGCUUGGAUCGAUGAGUGGCAUGGAAUGAGCAUUGACGACGUACGCAUGUAUGAGAAAGAUAAACAGACGGAAGCGAAUGAUAAGCUGCGACAAUCGUUACCUCCUGCACUGGCAACUGAUAAGGCCCAGGAGACCACUUAGCUCAUCACCACGAAUUAAGCUAACGUAGAUUCUUUUAGAUGGUGCAUGGACUCUUCGUCCAUUGCCGUUUCUCGCCCAGUCUAGGCAAAGUAACUUAGAAAACAAAAAACGGAACUAGUGUCUGCGGUUGGUAGUUGAAUGAUAUAUCUUGGAUCGAUAUUUUCCUUCGAUAGCUCAACAAUCCUCGCUCAGCCGACUAAUCAGGAGACGACCAAAUAACUAGUUCAGCUAAGAUCGUAAACGUCCUACGAUAGAAUCUCCGGGACAAAGUGGUACAAAUUAUAUCUAUUCUCGAAUAAUGUCACUAGAUUUUAUUGCCCUAAAAUCAUCGAUGUCCUAUACGUGCACUAAGGUUGCAAACGAAAUAGCUUUCUCAGUAGUCAAAUACUUUAAAUACGGACUGGGUUUCGUCAAUCAUCAUCUAGAAGAGAAUAAAAGCAGUUGGUAGUAAAUGGUUAGUAAAGAA